AUGGAAAAUGAAUUUCCUGAAGAUUUCUGGAAAAACCUGCUGAAAUAUUUGAGAUUUGAUCAACGAGCCUCUCUAUCCCUUCAUAUUCCUCAAAUUCGCUCUAUUGAAGCUACAGUACCCCUGAAAUUGGAUUAUUUUCGAUUGGAACCCUUAUCUCUAACUAUAGAUACCGUGAUUUUCGAUUUUUAUGAAUUCUGGAAUUUUUGGAUCUCAUCUCCACCGUCGAAAAAAGAAAUUGAGGAAAUUUCGAAACGAAAACAUUUUGGAAAUUUAUUUUUUCGAAAAGUGGAUCUAAUCAAUCGAUGGGAAAAGAAAGUGCCAAUAGGGAUAACCCAAGGAGAAGCUGAGCUCAAAUUUUUGGAUUUUCUAUUUGGAAGAUUUGAAAAAGUCAAUAUUCGAAGAUUGAGAAUCGAUGAUGUGGAAGAUUUCCAGAAGAGAAUUCCAGAGAAAAUGAGAAGUAGAAUUUUGGUGAAGGAGCUGCAUUUGGCUAUUCAGAAUUUUCAAGAGUUCCGAAAAAUUUUCGAUUUCCUGAGUCCAAGUCCAUGGGAAAAAUUGGAAAUCGAAAUUGAGAAUUUGAAAAAUUUGGAGCUCGAAAAAAUAAGUUUUUUCUAG